CCCGAUGACGUGUUUAUACGCAUGAGUUUAGCUAGCCAACAUCGCCAUGACAUCGCAGACAAGUAUGAACGGGGAUUUCUGUUGGAGAAUCAGUUUUAGCCUGUCUUUGAUACUGUACUGUAUUUUGUAUUACUCUGAACAUGCCAUUGGUUUGGUUGUACCUCCAGCACCAGAGGUGGCAGCACUGGGCCAUAAACUAGUAUACUUACCGAAACAAAAACACCAUCGAAGUACCGGAUUAUGACGUGGACUUGUUAUGGUCAGGAAGAGGACUUUCCUCAACAAAUAAUAGUUGAAUAAUGUAGCAAAGGUGACAAAUCGUUCCGUCGAUGGAUCUAAAUGAAGAUAGUGUUAAUUUGCGAUGUGCACCCGGAAUAUGCUUGUGUGUUCUCUGCGGUUUACCUGCAGCGGGAAAGUCGACGCUCGCACAGGCGGUCAACUCUCACACCGUACAACGAGGAUGGAGGUCCACUGUCAUUUCUUACGACGACCUGAUUCCCGGUGACGCUUUCGAUGUGAAAGAAGUCGAGGAUGAGGAGGAUAUGCCGCGAUCGCAGACGCAAACUAAAUGGAAGUUGCACAGACAAGCCGUGCUACAGUGUGUUGAACGGUUCCUACAGAGUCCUACAGAGCUGGGACAGCUACCACCAAGCAUCGACCAGAUCAACAGUGAUGCCUGGAGUCGUCUCCUUCACGCCGCUCAGGUCUGCGGGACAUCGGUGGACUCUUCUCGGGUUUACCCGUCACCUUUAGAUCGACCAGCUCCGCCACUCGUCAUUCUGCUGGACGACAACUUCUACUAUCCAAGCAUGAGAUAUGAGGUGUAUCAACUGGCCAGGAAACACUCUGUGGGAUUCUGUCAGGUGUACGUCCACUGUCCUGUGGAGUCGUGUGUCAGGAGAAACCAGCUGAGGCCCCGGCCCUUACCCAGUGACGUCAUAGUAGAGAUGGCCAGGCGCAUGGAGCCUCCAAACCCUCAGAGAAACACGUGGGAGAAGAACAGUGUCACUCUGGACAGCGAACACCACUUCACCAUAGAAUACAUCCAAAGGUUGGUGAAGGUGAUCUCUACUGCGUUGGAGAACCCGUUGAGUCCAGUCCAGGACAACGCUGAGCAAAAGGAGGCUGACCGUCAGAGCUGUGUGUCCAGUGUGGUCCACCAGGCUGACCAGGCCUGCAGACGCCUGGUCUCACAGGCCAUGCAGGGGGCCAGAGAGCAUCAACUUCCCCCAGAGAGGAUGAGGUCUCUGGCAGCCCACUUCAAUCAAUCCAAAACCAGAUUUCUUCAAGACCUGCGGAAACAAGUCCUCCACGGCCUUCCCUCGACCCAGGGAGAGAGCAUCGACGUGGAGCGGCUUGUGAACAGAGCCGUGGACGUCUUCAACAAAGAGAAACAGGAAAUCGUUGAAAGAUACCUUCCUCCUCAUGACACAGAAAAUGCAGGAUAGAUGAUAGCCAUUAUGUAACUUUCAUUGAUUCUAUGUAAAUAGUAAUAAAUAUUGACAUUAGUAAUGAAUUUUCUAUAUUUUUCUGACAACAUGUCCAACCUGUUAGGUUCCACCUUGUUAAGUAUAUGCACCUAACAGGGUGGAAAUGUGGAGGCUAACUUAGCCGUAGCACUGUGAGUGAUGUUAGGUGCAUAUACAGGGUGGAACCUAACAAGCUGGAACCUAACAGGGUGGAAAUGUGGAGGCUAACUUAGCUGUAGCACUGUGACUGAUCAAGAUCCAGCUAGCAUAAUGGUGAACACUUGAAGAUCAUUUUUUUACUGUUCUGUUAAACAUCAUUUGAAAUGAUCAUACGUUCAUCUAAUUUAGCCCAACAGCGUGGACAUUUUAAGAGUGAGACCCUACUAACUAACAUCAUGAAACAUUAAAAUGUAGAUCAAACAGAGUGUUGAUACUUACUCUAGUUUUGCACUGUUAUUGACACACUUUCUGAUUGUGAUGUCAUUAUGGGAAGGAGCGGUUUGACACUUCUUGAUUGUGAUGUCAUUAUGGGAAGGGGUGGUUUGACACUUCCUGAUUGUGAUGUCAUUAUGGGAAGGAGCGGUUUGACACUUCCUGAUUGUGAUGUCAUUAUGGGAAGGAGCGGUUUGACACUUCCUGAUUUUGAUGUCAUUAUGGGAAGGAGCGGUUUGACACUUCCUGAUUGUGAUGUCAUUAUGGGAAGGAGCGGUUUGACACUUCCUGAUUGUGAUGUCAUUAUGGGAAGGAGCGGUUUGACACUUCCUGAUUGUGAUGUCAUUAUGGGAAGGAGCGGUUUGACACUUCCUGAUUGUGAUGUCAUUAUGGGAAGGAGCGGUUUGACACUUCCUGAUUGUGAUGUCAUUAUGGGAAGGGGUGUUUUAUUUUUAUUUAAAGGAGUGUUAUGCCAAACUAAAAGGGUGGAAAGUGAAAUCUGGGAGACACACAAAACAUCUUAAAUAUAGUAACAACAAAUACAAUAAUCAUGAGAGAAAAAAUAUAUUGAUGACAGAGAUUUUAAGUAGAACUAUAAAAUAAUGAAUAACUAUUUGGAAUAUUUGAUUAUUUAAUGGAUUAUAUUUCUCAUAGAAGUUGAUGAAUAGCACCUGGGGA